AUGGCUUCCAGAUUCGUCAAACGCUGGCUUCCAAAGCAGAACCAAGGCCAAGAAGGAGUCGACCCGAACACGGACCAAAUUAUACCUAUUCCUCAGAUUGAUAGCCUUUUGAAUCCCGACUCGAAAGAGGGGCUGCAGAAUACUUCCGUCGAAGUCGGGGAAGAGAAGGUCGAACCGGGGAGUGGAACUUCCGCCGAUGACAGCUCAUCCGCCUUGGAUGAUGACGACCCUGCGAUCAGAGACAUUCCAUCUAACGUUCGGCGGAUUGUUAGUUUCGAAGAUGAUCCAACUUUACCAACUCUCACAUUCCGGUAUUUUGUUCUAACUCUACUCUUCGUCAUACCUGGAGCUUUCCUUUCGCAAAUGAGCCAUUACCGUACCAACUAUGCCCCAUACUCCAUAUUUUUUGUUCAGAUCUGUUCAAACUACCUUGGGCAAUGGAUGGCCGCAGUGUUACCACCUGUGCAGGUGAAAAUCCCAUUCACUGGACUUGGAUUCAACCUCAACCCCGGACCCUUCAGUGUGAAGGAACAUGUCUUGAUCACCAUAUCGGCAGCUUCAGGCGCGACUUACAAUCUUGCUUUUAUGCCCGUUUCUAUUGCGAGCCUUUUCUUCAACGAGACCAUAAACCCUGCAAUUGCUAUCUUCUUCAUGUGGUCAGUGGUGAUCACUGGCUACUCAUUCGCUGCAAUUUCACGGCAAUUUCUGCUUUACGAUCCGCAAUAUCCAUGGUUCCAAGCUCUUUGCCAAACAGCUCUGUUUGAAACGCAGAAAACCCAGAGAGAGCAUCCAUCGCCAACCUCAAGGAAACAGAUGUAUGUUUUCUUCGCCGUGCUCGGUGCAGUAAUUCUGUGGCAAUUCUUCCCCGAAUAUGUCUUUCCAAUGUUAGGAUCUCUGGCAUUCCUUUGUUGGGUAGCUCCUCGAAACGCUACUGCAAACUUCAUCGGAGCAGGAUUCGGUGGCAUGGGAUUCAUGAACCUGAGUCUCGAUUGGGCCAACGUCUCAAGUCUUGGAAACAAUGGAAGUCUGUUCCUAACGCCAUACUGGACCCAGGUUCUCAUAUUCAUGGCAUUUGUUGUCAAUUGCUGGAUAUUGCUUCCUUGGGCUAAGUGGGGUAACUUGGGUUCUUACAAGCAUGGGUUGAUGAGCAACGAUGUCUUGAUGGCAAACGGGACGCAAUAUCCUCUGACAGAGUUGCUAACGCCACAAUCAACUCUCAAUGAGACGGCAUAUGCUGAACUUGGGCCAUUAUAUUUAGGUACGCAGAUGCUCUGGGGCAUGUUCUUCGAUUAUGCUUCAUACACAUCUGCAGUAGCCUGGGUGGGUCUCUUUGCCUACCCAACAAUCAAGGCGACUAUUAUCAAGAUCCGAGCACGAAAUGAGAAUGCAAACGGAGAGAGCAUCAACUACCAGUACAACGACCAGCUCAACAUCCUGAUGCGUGCAUACAAAGAGGUCCCGGUAUGGUGGUAUAUUGCUCUAUUUUCCACCUCCUUCGUUGCAAUCACGUCCAUGGUAGCAAGCGGACAUCUCUACAUUCCAUACUGGACGUACUUGAUUGCUCUCGCUACUGGAGCUAUCAUGGUAACACCUUUGGGUUGGCUCUACGCUCUUUCCAAUUACCAGCUUCCCAUCGGCACCACCAACGAACUCCUCUACGGCCUGAUGAUCAACUCCAUCAGCGGACACAAGAAUCCCACCGGAGCCACAAUCUAUAGUUCCAUUGCUGGUGACGCGUGGUAUCGAGCUCAGACCAUGCUACAGGACCAGAAGAUUGGCCAUUACAUGCACAUCCCCCCACGAGCAACCUUCUUCUCUCAAGUGUUCGGUGCCUCGAUCGGUAUCCCGAUUAAUUACGCCGUGGUACGCUGGGUUAUCAGCACAAAGAGGGACUACUUGACUGGUGCCGCAACAGACCCUUCACAUCAAUGGACUGGGCAACCUGUCAUCAGUUCACUCUCCACAUCCGUGCAAUACGUCCUGGUCGGCCCCCGCAGACUCUUCCAGGAACCCCUCUUCCACGUGCUUCCCUACGGCUUCCUCGCCGGCCUCCUCGUCCCCGUCAUUGUCUUCCUCCUGCACCGCACCUUCCCCUCCUCAAAACUCAAGUUCCACCUCUGGAACACCACGAUCUUCUUCUCCUCCCUCGCGAACUUCUACGGAAACAUCUCUUCCGGCUACCUAUCGCAAUUUAUAGGGUCUUUUGUGGUCAUGUAUUGGGCGUUUAGGUACAGAUAUCAGUUGUGGGCGAGGUAUAAUUAUAUCCUGGCGGCAGCGUUUGAUGCCGGGUUUAAUUUCAACAUGUUGUUGAUCUUUUUGUUCUUUGGGAGUGGCAAGGUCACGCCAAUGCCGAAUUGGUGGGGAAAUGAUGCCACAAGCUCGGAGAGAUGUUUUGCUCUUGAGUAA